AGAAGGGGCCAGAACAGCUAGGCCAAAGGUGGACAUCUGUGGAGCAGUGUGCUUGUUCAAUAUAGUUGAGCCUCUGGGAAGAGGCUCAGCACUCGGAGUUAAGGAGCACACUGGUUCCGGAGCACACUGGUCCCUGGUUGGCCAAAGAGCCUGGUCUGACAGGAUGGAUGCUUCUCCUGAGCCCCAACAGAAGGGUGGGACACUGGUGCUGGUCCGACGGCAACCCCCUGUGUCCCAGGGCUUGCUGGAAACACUGAAAGCCAGGAUGAAGCAGAGCUGCACCUGCAGUAUGCCAUGUGCUCAGGCUUUGGUGCAGAAUCUGUUUCCUGUCAUACACUGGCUGCGUCAGUACCGCCCAAAAGAGUACCUGGCAGGUGAUGUUAUGUCUGGGUUGGUCAUUGGCAUUAUCCUAGUGCCACAGGCCAUAGCCUACUCACUGCUGGCUGGGCUGCAGCCCAUCUAUAGCCUCUAUACUUCCUUCUUUGCCAACCUUAUCUACUUCCUCAUGGGCACCUCACGCCAUGUUAAUGUGGGCAUCUUCAGCCUGCUGUGCCUCAUGGUAGGUCAGGUGGUGGACCGAGAACUCCAGUUCGCUGGUUUUGACUCCUCCCAGGAUUCUCUGGGGCAUAUGGACAAUGGCACCACCCUCAACAACUCAACUACAACACUGGUGCUUGGGCUACAGGACUGUGGACGGGACUGCCAUGCCAUUCGAAUCGCCACUGCUCUCACUCUGGUGACCGGACUUUAUCAGGUCCUCAUGGGUAUCCUCCGGCUGGGCUUUGUGUCUACCUACCUCUCACAACCACUGCUCGACGGUUUUGCUAUGGGAGCCUCUGUGACCAUCUUGACUUCUCAAGCUAAACACCUGCUGGGUGUGCGGAUCCCUCGGCACCAGGGCCCAGGCAUGGUGGUCCGCACAUGGCUGAGCUUGCUGCAGAGUGUGGGACAGGCCAAUAUGUGUGACAUGGUCACCAGUGCCGUGUGCCUAGGAGUGCUAAUAGCAGCUAAGGAGCUCUCAGACCGCUACCGACACUGCCUGAAGGUGCCAGUACCCACAGAGCUGCUAGUCAUUGUGGUGGCCACACUUGUGUCGCACUUUGGACAGCUCCAUACUCGGUUUGGCUCUAGUGUGGCUGGCAACAUUCCCACUGGUUUUGUAGCCCCACAGGUACCAGACCCUAAGAUAAUGUGGCGUGUGUCCCUGGAUGCUAUGUCCCUAGCCCUUGUGGGCUCAGCCUUCUCCAUCUCAUUGGCAGAGAUGUUUGCUCGUAGCCAUGGCUACUCUGUUCAUGCCAACCAAGAGCUGUUAGCUGUGGGCUGCUGCAACGUGCUGCCUGCCUUCUUCCACUGUUUUGCCACCAGUGCUGCUCUGUCCAAAACCCUGGUGAAGACAGCCACUGGCUGCCAGACCCAGCUGUCCAGUGUGGUCAGUGCUGCUGUGGUGCUGCUGGUGCUGCUGGUGCUAGCUCCAUUGUUUCAUGAUCUGCAGAGGUGUGUGCUGGCUUGUAUCAUUGUUGUCAGCCUGCGAGGGGCACUGCGAAAAGUGAAGGACCUCCCACAGCUUUGGUGGCUAAGCCCUGCUGAUGCAUUGGUCUGGGUGGCUACUGCAGCCACCUGUGUGCUAGUCAGCACCGAGGCUGGACUGUUAGCUGGGCUGUUCUUCUCACUGCUCAGCCUGGCAGUCCGCACACAGCGUCCACGGGCUGCCCUUCUUGCUCGAAUUGGAGACUCAACCUUCUAUGAGGAUGCUUCUGAGUUUGAGGGCCUCCUGCCCCCACCUGAGGUGCGAGUGUUCCGUUUCACAGGCCCACUAUACUAUGCCAACAAGGACUUCUUCUUGCGGUCACUCUACAGCCUCACAGGGCUGGACGCAGGGCACUCAGCCACCAGGAAGGAGAAGGGUCCAGAGGUGGGUGUCAGUGACAGAAAUCUUGUUGACGGCAAGGACAUGGGUUCAGUGAGCAGUGGGACUGGGCUGGUGGUACCCCUGGCAUUUGGUUUCCACACAGUGGUCAUUGACUGUGCACCACUGCUGUUUCUGGAUGUGGCUGGCAUGGCCACACUGAAGGACCUGCACAGAGACUACAGGGCCCUGGACAUCACCCUGCUUCUGGCCUGCUGCAGUCCCUCAGUGAGGGACACACUGAGGAAAGGUGGCUUCCUUGGGGAAGACCAGGGAGCUGAGGAUGAGCUGCUGUUCCCCAGUGUACACAGUGCCGUGGAGGCUGCACGUGCCCGCCGUGAGGAGCUGGUGGCUGCUGACUCUGCUUUCUAGCACGACUAAGACCCAUGUCCACAAGCCAGUACUGAGCUCCUUUGUAGGAGUGAAAUGAAGGAUGGAGUCAUUAGAGAGAUGUACCCUUGGACCAUCUCUGCCCUGGAAAAGCCAGGGAACUCCAACUAGGAAAGGGAACACAUUCAUUCCAAACAUUCAGUGAUUGAGAUCCUCUACCUGAGACCACUGCUGCCCCCUGGUGCCUAUUCAACCCUGGUGGCUGCACCCACACAUUUGAUCCCUCAACCAAGGCAGUGCCCAGUUUGAUAUUCUGUUACCAUCUUAUCUGAAAAAAAGUCCUGCAAAUUAUGUGGCCUCCAAGAUGCCAAAAGGACACUUUCCCUCCCCCUGCACCACCAGAUAUUAGGUAUGAGCUGAACAUAUGGCCCAGGGGCAAGAGUCUGAAUUUCUGAAAGGCCUUCUCAUGCCUGAUGCUCAUCUUGGUUGGGCCUUGCAAAGGCAGUCACCUGCUCCAGAACAGAUGGCCCAGUGUCACUGUCUAAGAUGAUGUGACUGAUAUAACCCCAACCUGACCUUCAAUAUGAUGUCUCUACACAGCUUAUACUGGUGACCACAACGGGCACAUGUAUGGUACAAAGCCAGGCACAGUAUACACCAACCCCAUUCUGUACUUCUAAGAAACCCUUAGAAGGAAACCACCUGUGCUCUUUCCAGGGGCUGCCCUUGGCAUAGCCAAGCAGACCUUCCCUUCGUCUUCUGCCCAAGAGGAUGCUCUAACAGGCAGUGCAGUCCCGGCCCUGUGCCCUACCAUGAUGCUUCCCAGCCAACAGCCCAGCACUGUGCUCCACAGCUGGCCCUGACAAGGUCAGAUCCACCACCUCAGCAUCUCUGUAAGACAAGCUCUGACCAGCAGCUCCCAGGGCACCCACCUCAGCAUCACCCACCUGGCUGUGAUGAGAUCCAGCAGCCAAUGUAUCCGGACCUGCUCGAUGCCACUGUGAGGUACGGCACCUAUGUAGGCAAGGUUCAGGUGCUGGUCCCAACUAAGGUCGUACUGGUCAGCCUGGUCGUGAGGCAGUGGGGGGCUAGGGACAGGACAAAGAAGUAAAGUGUUUGUCCUAAGCAGGGGCCUGCAGCAGACCAGGUUCCACACAUUUAGCACCUGACUGCCAGGCCCUUGCAGAGGAACAGUGUGUGUCUCCACAUUGUAUGAUAAAGUAGCCCUUCCACCAGAAAUGUUUUACAGUCUUGUCUCUGGGAGGUGGGUUCCCAUAGGACACAGUACCAUAUUCUAAUAGGACAUCUGCCUGCCAUAGAAGGGGAUCUGUAAAUUCCUAGAGAGACUUGGAGGCAUUCAGAAACCAGGUCUGAUCCAACACUCGAGGUCAGGUCUUAGUACUUUGGGAGAGUCCUAGGUUCUGCCAAAGUACCAAUCAUGAGCCUAUAGCCUGAGUACCGUGCUCUUGAUCCAUGGGGACCAUUUAGGGAGGCUCUGGCACUCGGAAAACCCACUCCACACCCUGAAGGAAGAAGUUUGAUCUUCACUCCUAAGUGUCCAAGAAUGAUGGGCAGAGAGCCCAAAGGUCUGAUGAGAGAAACCCAGAGAAUGGAGCAAGAGGCUUUCCUGGACUUGGCAAGAGCGAGAGGUGGGCCUCACCAGAAGCCGGUGCUCCUCCAAAAGGGCAACAGAGGCCUCAGCGGGCGGGCUGCGUCCACACGCACCAGGUAUGGGGUCUCAGCCACAGCCAAGGGCGCAGCCAAGAACGCAGCUAGAAAUGCCAGCGUAGCGGAGGUGGGACGCAGGGAGCGCAUGACUAGGUAACCUGGAGCUCCCGAUCUGCAAGCCUUUAGGUCCCGGUCGUAGUAGUUCCGCCUCCGGGUAGCGCCCCACGUGACCGCUCGCCGGGGCAGGACAGAACCCAACGCGCGCCGCCUCUUCCCCUGGCGAGUACCGCCCAGGCUGCUGCGUCUCAGAUGCUCCAAAUGCCAAACGAACACCUGCAGUGCUUGGGAGAACAUUGGCCUUGGGUGUCUCCGUGAGGCCAUUAUUCUUGGCGAUGCCCGCAAAGAUCUCUCAGGAGGCCUACACGAGGUCUGAAAAGCAAAUCAGACACUACUGUCUCUCGAGGAGUGGAGGUGAAGAGCUGUACCAGAAGAUGGCGCUGCGGGACUGCUCCAAGGAUUAGGUUUGCGGAGAAAAUCAAGAGUACUCCAGAGCUUUGGCAAUGAGAAUCUAUUCCUUUUCCUGAAAUGGGGCUGCUGUAGGACAAACAGGCGUGUGGUCAAAGACGCUUCAGAAGCCAAGUGGCCACUUCUAGUGGACAGCCAAAGGUAAAUCCUGGAUGUCUGUGAAAGGCAGGGUCAAUAGUGCAAGUCUCUAAGAUUUGAAUUGUGCACACACACGCUGAGUAGGAUAUUAGCAACAGUGGAAGAGAAUCAACUAGUCUCUAACGACUCCAGUUCCUGGCACUCUUGGUAGCAUAUGCCUUUAACUUCUGGGGUUCCCUCAAUAAUAAAAGCAACCAAGUUUCACGACCCGGUAAAACAACCCUUUCUCGUGCAGUCUUCCCGUGACACCAACAGGAGACAUUCCCUGAAGUCUUAGGUCCUCAGGACAGCUGGUAAAGGGAAGGUUUCUAGGUAGAGAAAUGAAAGCUCUUAUGUCAUAACCCUAUUCAAGGAUCAGAAAGUCAGGAGACUAUGUGGCAUUUCUGCAAUGACUGAAAUUCAAAGCUCAGUGUCCAUAGACAACCUCUGGAUACUACCUGGUAGGGUAUUCUGUUCUGUAUGAAUACUGAUAUAUAGAAGCUGUAUGUUUGAUCUUGAAUUAGUGGGUUUAUUAAGCACAUAGCAAGCAAAAGUAAAAUAGUGAAUAUUAAGUAGUGAAUAGAAGCAGCAGACAGCAAAGCAUCAAUGUUGGGCACUCACCAAUACCCAACAGAAAUGACUGGGAUAGCCUGAGCUACAUAGCAAAAUGCUCCAAAAAGGGAGUGGGGGAGGUGAAGGAGGCAAGGAUAAAACAAUCACACAGAAAUGUUCUAGAAACAAUACAGAGAUGGUAAAUACCCCAGAGAAAACUGCUAAAAUGGUGAGUGGAGCAUUUUAAAUAACCUAAAAGCUGAAGUAACAGUAAAGACUCCAUGCUGAAACUAAAGAGAGAGACAGCAGUGGGAGCAAGAUUGUUUCAGACUAACCUUCAUUAGAACAACCAGUGAUGGCAGGAUUCUUGGGGUCACAGUUUCUCUGAUGACAAGAACAGCAUUUACAGCGGGAGAUUUUCAAUCAGGAAAGCGGGGACCAAGAAGCCAUGAAGUUGGGACAGUCUCAUGGGGACUGGGGUACAGAAGCUGAAGGUCAGGCUCAGUGCAUUAGAGGACUAUUCCCUGAAAGUGAAGGUGAGACAGAAACCGAACUGUCCUCACGGGAACCGAAGAUCAAAUCUCCUCACGUCCUGAGUGAGUGAAGGUAAGUAUACUCCACUUGAUUGAAGAGAACAUAGUCCCUCUACUCCAGGAAGCUCCAGCUUUAUCAGUAUGUUAUUAACUGGUGCUAGACUGGAUCCUGGGUCAGGAAAAGAUGAUCAAUCACACAGAGCACACUAGUAAAAAUUCUUAACCUGAAAAUGUACUGUAUAUUGCUCAAUAAAACUCUAUCAAUGAUAA